GUGGUCGUGGUACCAGAUCCAACAGUGCGCCUCAACACCAGCUACUACUCCGUUGGUGAAGGUGACGGGAGCAUAGAGGUGUGUGCCCAUGUCACCACCGACCAGUUUAACAACACUAUCCAAGCUGACUACGUUACAUCUGCAGGAAGUGCCUCAGAUCCAGAAGAUUAUGAUGGAGUUAGUGGAACACUGUCCUUUACAAGUGAUGCCACAGAGUCAUGUGUGACAAUAACUGUUGAGGAUGAUAGUACCAGGGAGUCUGUCCCAGAGUGCUUCACCGUUGCUCUGCUGGAUGUCACUGGGGCAGACUUUGAGGAACCCAGGAUUGCCACUGUCUGCAUUGAGGACAAUGAUGUGCUCCCAGUGACUAUUGGAAUGGAGCAGACUGAGUACACAGUAGGUGAAGUUGAUGAUUACCAGUUGGUCUGUUUUGGAGUACUUUCUGGGAAUAUUGACAGUAGAGAGAUUGUCUUUGACUACACCACAGCCAGUGGAACUGCAGAUACAAGUGAUUACUCCAGUAGAAGUGGAGAAGUAUUGAUAUCAGAGGAUGCUCCAGUGCAGUGUGUCUCCGUUCCCAUAAGGAGUGACAGCAUCACUGAGAGUGAACAGUGUUUCACCUUUGAAAUAACUGCUAGAGGUUCCACCAGUGGACUUACAGUUUCACCCUCUGGGGCAGAGAUAUGCAUCACUGACCUUAGCUCUAUACCAAUCACUAUUGGUCUGAAGAAGACGCUCUACAAUGUCAGUGAAGAUGCUGGCUCGGUUCAGGUGUGCUAUCAAGUGAUGUCUGGUAAAACAGCAACCAGGUCCAUCAGCAUGCAGCUCAGAACUGUCCAGGGAGAUGCAACAGAGGGAGAGGACUACACGUACAGCUACUCAUCAGACUCAUUAGACGACAACGACUCUUCAGACUGUGACAGUAUCCCUAUCCUGACAGACACCCUGGAUGAAGAGGAAGAGUGCUUCACUGUUAGUCUCUCUACCUCCUCGUAUUAUAAUGGACUCACUAUCAACCCACACAUUGGAACAAUCUGCAUCAAUGAUGAUGAUCCUACUCUGAUUGAGAUUGCUCUUGAGAAGACCGAGUAUACCACUCAUGACAAUGCUGAGUAUCAAGUUGUGUGUGCCAAUGUUGAGUCAGGAUCUGUUGGUGGUAGAAACAUUGAGAUUGACUACACUGUGGAAGACAAUGCUAACGCACAGACUCAGAAUGGAACUCUGCUGUUCAGUGAUGAUGCCACCAUACAAUGUGUGGCAGUGUCAGCCUCAUCUGUCAGUGCUGGCUCCACUGAUGAGUCUUGUCUCACUCUCACUCUCUCUCCCACCACCACUGUCACUGGCCUCACCAUCAGUCCUGAUGUAGCCACUGUGUGUGUCACUUCUGCAGAUGACAUACAAUUAACGAUUGGACUGGAAAAGGGUUUCUAUUCCACUGGAGAAGAUAGUGGUGAUUUGGAAGUGUGUGUCGAGGUCAAAUCAGGGGAUAUUGCUGGACGUAGCAUCUCAAUAGAAUAUACCACAUUGGAUGGAUCAGCAAAUGCUCCGGGUGAUUUUACCGAAGUCAGUGGUACACUGACAGUCACAGAGGAUGACACUGAUCAGUGUCUCACCAUCACCAUUGUCAAUGACAGUCAAGAUGAGGAUGAUAGAGAGUGCUUUGCUCUGGCCAUAUCUACUUCCAGUUCCGUGUCACUAGAAACAACCCAAGCUACAAUCUGUGUCACUGAUAAUGAC